AGCCCUGACAUGGACGUAAACAAAUAGCCGGGAAGAAGAGGAAGAAAAAGGGUCAUUUCUGCUCGUCCCUGUGCCUCCCUCGCCCUUACCUAACUUAGUCAAUUAUUCCAGACUUAAUUAGACAACUCCAAUAGACAGCUAGGAGUAAAGCAACACUAAUACGCCGUUACGUAAGGACAAUAUAUACGUGUUAUGCACCUAUAUAAUUAAGGGCAGCCGUUCCAUUAAUACCUUGGACCGAAACCUGUUAUAGAAGAAGAAAAAGAAAGAGGGAGUUGGAUAAGUGCUGGCCAUAAAAAGAAGAAAAAUACGAAAAAAUACUAAUUACGAAAGCACAAACCGAGUGUAAGGGCAGCCAUUCCAUUAAUACCUUGGACCCAAACCUGUUAUAGAAGGAAAGAGAAGAGGGAGUUAGAUAAGUGUCUGCCAAGAUGCUGAGCCGCGCCCUGAGUCUGGGCAGUCGUCGGUGUAUAGCCCUAAGGAGCCUUCACACGAGGGGGAGCGUUGGGCAGCAAAACACGGCCGCCCUGCUUGAUGGAGAGGGAACGUUCCGACCCUUACCACUCACUGUGCUUUCCCAGGAGGAGGUGAUGAUGAAAGAAACAGUGGCGAAAUUUGCAAAUGAACAGAUAGGCCCUCUUGUUAGUAAGAUGGAUGCCGAAGCUAAUAUAGACAAGAGAGUGAUCAGAGGCCUGUUUGAAAAUGGGUUCAUGGGCAUCGAGACAGAGGCUGAGUAUGGGGGGUGUGGCUCCUCCUUCUUCGUGGCCAACCUGGUGGUGGAGGAGCUGGCCAAGGUGGACCCGUCGGUGAGCGUCAUGUGCGACAUCCAGAACACACUCAUCAACACUCUCUUCAGAAAGCUUGGCACUGAGGAGCAGAAGAACACCUACCUGCCCAAGCUUGCCACUGAAUAUACAGGAAGUUUCUGCCUCUCAGAGUCCGAGGCUGGGUCCGACGCCUUUGCCAUGAAGACCACGGCAGUGAAGGACGGCAGCAACUACGUCAUCAACGGCUCCAAGAUGUGGAUCUCCUCAGCGCCUCAGUCUGGGGUGUUCCUGGUCAUGGCCAAUGCAGACCCUGGGGCUGGCUAUCGGGGCAUCACUUGCUUCAUAGUGGACGCCCAAACUCCCGGCCUCAGCAUCGGCAAGAAGGAGGACAAGCUGGGCCUGAGGGCGUCCAACACUUGUGCCGUCCACUUCGACAAUGUUGUGGUACCAGAAGGGAACAUUCUUGGCACCUUCGGCCAUGGGUACAAGUAUGCUAUUGGGAUGCUGAAUGAGGGUCGCAUUGGCAUUGGCGCACAGAUGGUGGGCCUUGCGCAGGGCUGUCUCGAUGCCACUGUUCCAUACAUUCAGCAGAGGAGGCAGUUUGGGAAGAGCCUGUUUGAAUUCCAAGCCAUGCAACAUGCUGUGGCCUACCUCGCAACAGAGAUUGAAGCUGCCCGCCUUCUGGUCUAUAACGCAGCAAGAUUGAAAGAAAACGGACAGCCCUUCAUCAAGCAAGCUGCCAUGUCCAAGCUCUACAGUUCAGAGGUUGCCACGCGGGUGUGCUCCAAGUGCAUUGAGCUGAUGGGAGGCGUCGGCUUCACCAAGGAUUAUCCGGUUGAAAAGUUCUAUCGAGACUGCAAGAUUGGCACCAUUUACGAAGGCACGUCUCACAUCCAGCUAAACACCAUCGCAAAGCUUGUCGGCCAGGAAUAUAGCUCCUAGUUUCCCAGAGUGAUUCCCAUACAGCAAGGUGAUUGAGCAGCUUCACACUGAUUUAACUCUACAAGAUUAUGUGUAUGUAGUUUUGUAGAUUACUUGUGAUAUCUAUUUAGACUUAGCACUUGGUACCUAACGCUUAGUUUUAAGGUAUGUAGAUACUAAUAAGGUGGGCGGCAGGUUAGUGUAGCAUAGGAGGGAAGAAUGUAAAGUAUAUAUAAAAAUGUGAAGGUAAGCAGUGAUCAGUUGUGGUACUUAAACAUAUAUAUUUUUAUGUUCGUCAUGGUGUAUAAAGUCUUGGUAUAACUCUGUAUAUAUAAUGCCGAUCUGAUUGAUAUGAAACAAAUUAUUAUCUAUAACUAAACAAUUCUCUUCAUUCAGUAUUAUCAGAAAGAUGGGAAACGGAGGUUGACAAUUAUUAUUAUAAAUUAAAAUUAUUACUCUAGGUGCUCCCGAUCUCUCCCCGGUUCACCUAAUACUUAUUCCCCUUCUUCCCUUGGGUCACAGUGGCUCAUUAUUCUGUGCUGUGUCAUGCAUAUGGUUUGGAACUCAGUGUUGUGCAAGUUACAUUCACUUAGGUUCCCAUUCCAGUCAUGUAUUCUAUUUAUAAGAGGAAAACAAAUUAACCCAGUAGCAGCGGGGAUCACGUUUCUUAAUGGUCCCUCUAAGCGAGAAAAAUGAGAAAAAAAUCAUCCCUCACACAAACCAUUUCAUAAUAUAUAUCAAAGCAUUUGCGAUCAGAUUAUGUAUCAUCUUUUCUUGGGGGUUUAUAUCAUGGCACAAAUUUGGGCCGUCGCUGCUACAUGGUAAAGCCACAAAUUUGGCCCGUCACUGCUACCGGGUUAAGACAAGAAGGGGAGGAUGAGGAAAACUGAUUGAAACAUGAAAGGGAAAUGUUGGAAGCUGAGCUUAGAGCACAUAAAACUCACUCUUGUAAACAAAGUGUGUACGUGUUUCUAGUCAUUAUGUGUCAAUGAAAACCAAUCACCAAGCCUGACAAGCUCACAGGAGGAGUUUUUGGCACAUGCAAAUCGUAAAAUACGACAAAACAUAUGCUUCUCAGUCUUUGUUCAUGAUUAACCCGUCUGCUACGAUUGGCACAGAUUUCACCUUCACUGGUAGCCUGAUAAUAUACACUCCUAGGUCUUUCUCUGCCUCUGUGGUGGAUAGUGAAGUGUUUCCCAUGUGGUAUUGGUAUGCUGGAUUUCCCCUCCCAAGGUGCAGGACUUUACACUUUUCUUCAUUGAAUUGUAGCAGCCACUUUUUGUUCCACUCCUGUAGCUUGGUGAUAUCCUCUUGUCUGAAAUCUGCAUCCAAGGGGUUAAUGUUGUUUUCAGUAUGAGAAUAAAUUUCUUAUGGUGUU